AUGAACAAAAAGGUUAAAGUGAUCUAUGAUUUUGAUUCACAAAAUGAAGGCGAACUCAAAGUAAAAGUGGAUGACGUGAUUGAAGUGUUGGAUGAGGUCGAAGAUGUACCAAAAGUGGGAAACAAUUCAUUUGAAAAUCAUUACCAAAACCUUUUCGAUGAGUUGUCGGCAAUAGGAUCGGGAGGUUUCGGGACUGUGUUUAAAGUGAAGCAUAGAUUCGAUGAACACAUAUAUGCCGUCAAAAGAAUUGAAUUUAAAAAAUCUAGCGAUGAAUAUAUGAAAAUAAUUUUGAUGGAAGUGAAGAAUUUAAGAAAACUUAAUCCAGAUUUUAUGGUCCAAUAUAUCACGUCAUGGCUUGAAAGCAAACACCUCUACAUUCAAAUGGAGUUCUGUUCACAGAAUCUAAAAAAUAUUCUCGAAAUUAAACCAAAAGUAUUUGACAGACUAUCGGGAGAUCCCAUGAAUUGUGUCGAGUAUUUCAUUUCGUGUGAAAUAUUCCGUCAGAUCUUAGAAAGUGUUCAGUAUUUGCAUGAAUUAAAUCCACAGAUCAUUCACAGAGACCUUAAACCCGACAAUAUAUUGAUUGACGGGAACGGGCGGAACGGCAGGUUUAUUAAGUUAUGUGACUUUGGUUUGGCUACAGAUCACGACAAAGACAUUAAUUAUAAAACAUACAAAAAGCACACCUCAGGGGUCGGAACCAUGAGAUAUAUGGCACCCGAAGUACUUCAAGGCUAUAAAUAUGACCACAAAUCGGAUGUCUAUUGUCUGGCAAUCAUUGGUUCAGAAGUAUUGGAUUUCGACUUAUUUUUGAUUGACUUAAAUGAGUAUAAAUUGAAUAAUUCUUUUUGUGAUUAUUUCAUUAUAUUUACAACUCCCACUAUAUUUAAUAGUUUGCAAUCCUAUUCACAAAGUGAUGACAUACUGAGCGCACCGGUAGUUAAAUUGAAGCGAAUUCUAGUGUCAAUGGCUUCGACCCCAGCAUUCAGUCAACGGCCCGACUGUUCACAAGUACUGCGAGAAUACAGCGAAUGGUCUGUCGAUCGGAAUAUUCUGAGGAAAAGUCUUAUAAAUUAA